UCACAUUUUAGGAAAUUCAUUGAUGGAGGCUUUUGGUGAAAUCUUGAGGAUAUUUGGGGAUUCUAUUCGGGAUUAUGUUUGGGAGCAUGUAGACUGCCACAGAAAACUCGAAGAAGAUCUUAAUGAGUUCAGAAGCGAAUUUCAGGUUUUAAAGAGGAGAAAAAUUGAUGUUAAAUCAAGAAUACAAGCAGAGGUUCACUCGGGGCAACUGGUGAAACAAGAAGUGAGGGGCUGGCUUAACGAUGUUCGAAAGGUCGAAAAAGACAAACAAGAUAUUGAAGAAAGGGCACGCAGAGUUCCAUACCUCAAACGUGCCAGUCUUGAUAAACUUGUGCGUGAAAAAGUUGAUGUGGUGAAGAGAACUAAAGAGAGGGGCAUUUUUAAUGAAGGCCUUGUUAUUGAGAGAGCUCCAGCUCAUGGAAACAUAAUUCCAACAGAUAAUUUAGUGGGGGAAAUUUCUACUAAACAAGAAAUUUGGGGGUACUUGAUUGGUGAUGAGGUUGGAAUGAUCGGAGUUUGUGGGAUUGGUGGAGUUGGAAAGACUACGAUCAUGAAGAAUCUCCACAAUGAUUUACAGAGGGAGACUAGAUUUCAGAAAGUGAUAUGGGUUACUGUGUCACAUCCUCUCAAUGUUUUUGAAUUACAAAAGAAGAUUGCUAGCGCUAUGGGCAAAAGACUUCGAGAAGAUGAAGAGGUGAUGAUGCGAGCAGCAGCACUAAUGGAAAUAAUGAGAAGAGUGAGAUAUGUGGUAAUUCUAGAUGAUGUAUGGGACACGUUCUCUCUUAAUGAUGUUGGAAUUCCAGAUCCGAAUGCACAGAAUGGGUGCAAAGUAGUUAUUACUAGUAGAUCAAUUGAAGUAUGUAGUUAUUUGUGUUGUAAGAUUGUUGAAGUGCAACCUCUUUCGCAAGAGGAGUCACUAAAGUUAUUCCUCAAUACAGUUGGGGAUGGUGUUCUACAGGUUCCAGGGUUGGAAGACAUCUUGAAGCUUAUUGUGAAAGAAUGUGCUGGUUUACCUUUGGCCAUUGUUGUGAUAGCUGGGAGCAUGAGGGGAGUUGAUAAUGUUAAUGUGUGGAGAAAUGCACUGAUUGAAUUGCGAGAUCGUGUAAAGAGUGUGAAAGAUUCAAAUGAUGAGAUAUUUAAGCGAUUAAGAUUUAGUUUUGAUCGGUUGGAUCGUUUGGAAGUAAAGAAUUGUUUUCUUUAUUGCUCCUUCUUUCGGGAGGAUUAUGUGUUUUCUAGGAGGGAGUUGAUAGAAUGUUGGAUUGAUGAAGGACUAAUUGAUGGGUUGCCAAGUAGAGAAGCAGCUUACAAUAGGGGCCAUGCUAUUAUAGAUAGGCUUGAAAAGAAUUUCCUAUUAGAGAAAUCUGGUCGUCUCUCAGGUACAGUUGGUGGUUUUGAAUUUCCUACGGUUGGUGUUAAGAUGCAUGAUGUAGUAAGAGACAUGGCUAUUAUAAGCAUUGGUCCUGAAUUUGGAUAUAUGAUAAAAGCUGGCAUGAAUAUGGUAGAGCUACCAGAUGAGCAUGGUUGGGUAAAAGAUCCUAAAAAGUUGUCUCUAAUGGCAAAUAACAUUUCCAAAGUUCCUUUUAGUCUGUCCCCAAAGUGGUCAACCCUUUCAACUUUGAUAUUAUCAAGCAAUCCAAAUUUGUCAAAGAUUUCAGAAUCUUUUUUUGAAGAGAUGCUUGCUUUGAAGGUUCUUGAUCUCUCUAGCACUACUGUUGAGACUCUACCUAAUUCCAUCUCUAAAUUGAAGAAUCUAUCUACCUUGCGGUUACAGCUUUGCAAGAAGUUAAAGUACUUGCCUUCCUUAGCAAACCUCAAGGGUUUGAAGAAGUUGGACCUGCACAAGGCCGGGAUUGAGGUGGUCCCUCAAGGCAUGGGGAUGCUGAUAGGUCUUGAAUAUCUUGAUUUGUUAUUUUGUCCAAAUCUAAAAGAGAUUCCAACAGGAAUAUUACCUAACCUUUCCGAUUUGAAGUACUUGGCAGUUUGUUGUUUGCGAGAAACUACAAUAUUGAGAAAUUUUGAAGAGGUUGCUAGAUUGAAGAAGUUGGAGAUUUUAGAAUGUCAAUUUGAUGACAUAAAAGACUUCAAUUAUUUUGUCAACAAGUUCAAAGAUUUCCAAAGUGCUACUGCUUACAGUCUUGUAGUUGGGACAUCAAAAGACAUGAUCAGAUGGAGUGAACAUGAGCUUGUAAUUAUUGAUUGCGAGAUCGGGGAAGAAUGUGUAGUGCUUCCAGAUAAUCUUGAGGAUUUACGGAUAAUUAGGGGUAAAAACAUGAGAAGCAUCUUAAACAAAACAGCUCUGUUGGAAAAAGCAAAUGAGUUGAGGACGUGCCGUAUUUGGCAUAGUGAAGAGAUAGAGUGCGUGGUUGAGUUGGACUCAUCCUCCUCCUUAAUGUGUUGUCCAGUACUUGAUGAGCUUGAACUGUUGGAUCUUUGGAAACUGCCUAGGUUGUGUGAACUUGUGAGAGCGGAAGGAGUAGCAACACCAUUACACAUUUUUUCCAAUCUUAAACGGCUUUAUAUAGAGGAAUGUUCGGGAAUGAGGAAGUUGCUUCCACUUGAGCUAUUGCAGGCCCUGCAAAACUUAGAGAAGAUUACAGUUUGGGGUUGCAACCAAAUGGAGGAGAUAAUAGCAUCAUUAGAUUCAGAUGCAUCAUCUUCAGAUAAAUUCACUUUCACUUUUCCUAAGUUAAGGGAAUUGUGCUUGUGGAAGUUACCCAAAUUGAAGAGCAUCUGCAGUGCUAAAGGAGUCAUGGUUUGUAAUUCUAUUGAAAGCAUUGCAAUAAGUGGAUGUCUAGAGUUAAAGAGGAUCCCUGUGCAGCUUCCCCAGCUUGAUAACGGCCAACCAUCUUCUCCUCCUCAUCUCAGAGAAAUCGGGAUAGGUAAAGAGUCAAAAGAAUGGUGGGAAUCAGUGGAGUGGGAUCAUCCUAACGCUAAGAACCUACUUCAACCUUUCUUGAAAUAUUCUAAAUAUCCGUGGUAUUAUCGAGGGUAAGGUGUUGAUUGAUUUACUACUAUUUAAUUCUAAUUUGAAUUUUGUUUGAUAAUAUAUUACAGUAAGUUGC